CAACGCUACGUCAUUCCAAAUGUUGCCGACAUGGAGUUUUUUCCGAUUUGUCAUUUGAGUAAUAAUAGCGGUAUUGAUAUUAUUUGAAUUAAUAAUUAUUAAAAAUGAACCAAUUUAGGUGAUAAUAUUUUAACAAUAGCUGUCAUGGCUAGGAGGUAUCGUGAUGCCGCUGCGAAACUGCAGCAAAGUGUUCAAAAACAUUUGAAUGUUAUGAAGGAAGUUUCUUCCUCGGAAGACGACGAACCUUUCGACCAGAGUGUAUUAGAUGGAGUGUUCCAGAGUUACUGUAGAGGUGGUGGCGAUAAACAAUUGCUUAAUAGAACGAAGAACCUUUUAGAAGAAGCAAUAAGCGGCCGCUCUGUAACGUGUCUAAUUUGUAUCGGUUCUAUAAAACGAGUGAAUGCAAUCUGGACGUGUGAUCACUGCUACUCAUAUUUUCAUCUUUCAUGUAUACAAAAGUGGUCAAACGAUAGUAUAAGCUUACGCAGUGAAGAAAAUCAUGGCCCUAUUGCAGUGUUCUUACCUAAAAAAAUUGAAUGGUGCUGUCCAAAAUGUAGACAGUCCUAUAGCAAGGAAGAAAUACCUCGUAAAUAUCGCUGUUUUUGUGGUAAGACUGACGACCCUCCUUUUCACCCCUGGUUGAUACCUCACACAUGUGGGGAGGUGUGCGGUAAAAGAUUGUCUGUUGGAGACAAUUGUAUGCAUAAAUGUCUAUUGCUCUGUCAUCCUGGUCCUUGUCCACCGUGCCCUCAAACCGUCAAUGGAGUAUGCUACUGUGGGAAAGAAUGUAAAAAAGUCAGAUGCAGUGCUGCUAAAUGGUCAUGUAUGCAGCAGUGUAAAAAAACUUUGCCAUGUAAAUCUCACUCGUGUGAAAAUAUAUGCCAUAUUGGGGACUGUCUCCCUUGCAAUUAUACAAGCUUGCAGUCCUGUCAGUGUGGUGCUGAAAAGAUAAAGCGGCCAUGCAAUAACCUCAAAUGGCAGUGUACAAAACAAUGUAACAAGCCUUUUGCUUGCGGGUAUCAUAAAUGUGAAAAGAUAUGCCACACAGGCAAUUGUGGAGCAUGUCCUAAUUCAGGAAUCCGAUCUUGCCCCUGUGGAGCUAACCAACGUUUUAUUCAAUGCCCUGAUGCUAUAGAAACCUGUGUUGGCACUUGUGGUAAGCAACAUAAUGACUGUGAGCAUAAUUGUCCAGCAAAAUGCCAUAAAGGGCCUUGUCCACCAUGCCAAGUUUUGAUUGAAAAGAAAUGCCACUGUUCAACGCAUACCAGAUCACUACCAUGCAGCAAAGAGUUUAGAUGUGAAACAAAAUGUAGAGGUAUAAGAUUGUGUGGUAAACAUGGAUGUGGACGGAAAUGCUGCAACGGAAACUGUCCUCCGUGUGAAAAGAUCUGUGAUAAAUCUUUACAAUGUGGCCGUCAUAAAUGUACUACAGUCUGUCAUCACGGGCCAUGCUAUCCAUGUCCAUUAGAAUCAAAAGUUACAUGUCGUUGCAAAGAAACAUACGUCACAGUCCCAUGUGGUAGAGAAAAACACACAAAACCACCAAAAUGCAAUCAUCCAUGCAAAAUCAAAUACAAAUGUGGUCACAUGGACGAGAACAAACACACUUGCCAUUUUGGUGAUUGUCCACCAUGCAAAGCAAUUUGCAACAAGUUAUAUAAAAACUGUAGCCAUAAUUGCACUGCUGUUUGUCAUGAAUAUGUAUUGGUGGUUUUUAAGCAAGUAGAAAAACCUGCUACUCCUUGGGAAGUUCAACCACCAAAAUCUAAAAUAGUGGCAAUCAAUUGCCCUCCCUGUGAAAGACCAGUUGAGGUAACAUGUUACGGAGAACACGAAAUAGACACUCAACCUUGUCACAUUGCAGGUCGACGACCUUGUGGACGUGAAUGCGGUCGACCACUAGCAUGCACUAAUCAUUCAUGUGAACUGUUAUGUCACUUAUAUCAAUAUGAUGCAGAUUAUCCAAAUGUGCCUUACACUUGCAAACCUUGUAAUAGAGAGUGUUCCGUACUCCGUCCAAAGAAAUGCACUCAUAAAUGUGCUAAACGUGGCUGCCAUCCAGGCCCCUGUCCACCAUGUGAUACACUAGAAAGAGUGUCAUGUUAUUGUGGUGUAACAGAUCUAUACUUGUCUUGUCGUGAACUCUCAACAGCAACAGAUGAAAUGCUCAGUUGUAAACAACAAUGCUCAAAAAAUCUAAACUGUGGACACCGGUGCAGAAAUAUAUGUCAUUCCGGACCAUGUGGACAAAAUCAGACUUGUACGAAAAAAACUAAAGUUCACUGCCCUUGUGGUAAUUUAAAGAAAGAAUUCCCUUGUAUUUCUGUUCAAAAAGGAGAUAUUACAGUAAAAUGUGAUGAAAGUUGCAAUGCUAAAAAACUAGCCUUAAAGCAAGAAAAAGAAAAGGAAGAAAAGAGAUUAAAAGAAUUAGAGGAAGAGAGAAAUCGUAAGGAAUUAGAAGAAUAUGAGUGGAAACUAAGUGGAAAGAAAAAGAAAUACAAGGAGAAGAAGGUUGUUAUUAACAAAGAUGACCGUAAUUUGAUUCAGAAAUACUGUGUUCCUAUUUUAUCAGUAGUUAUAGUUAUUUUGGCUGGUAUUUAUUAUAUUUUUAAUACUUAAUUUUAUAAGGAAUAGUUCUAUAGCAUAAUAAUAUGUUUGUUUGUUGUGAAGUAGAAAACUAAUGGUAAGCAGUCCUAUCUUAAGCAUGAGUGCUCCAGGUGCAACAGGA